AAGAAACUUGUACCUACAAACACUUGCCUCUGCAAAUCAGAGAGACAUCUAAUUUAAUAACUAAAUUCAGUUGUUUGUAGAUGGAAAUGAGCAAUAGAAAGCUUGAUUGCGUCCUUGCAUUUUGAAAUGUACUACGAGCAUGGCCAAAGGUAUUGAACGGAAAUCUAUUAGACACACUAAUCUUUUAGUAAUCUUAGUUAUUUUUAGUUGACAUAUUGCAAAAUUAAAAAACAGUCAUGCUAGUUGUGAACAUUACCCCAGAAUCAGUCCCAUCCAGACUCAUUUUUUACAUCCUCUUUUGGAUUUGGUGUCACUGCUUGUUUACAGACCACACAGUUUUCCACUGGUGACGGCACUUCUGUUUUAAAAAUUGUACAAAAAGAGGAACAAAAUUGUGUGUGCUCCAGUUAUUGCUCACACUGUCUGAAGUGAAUAAAGAGAAUUUAUUCUAAGGUUGCUGCAGUUGUAGUCGUGGAAUGUUAGGUUAUGUGACUAUCCGCAUCUUAUACGAUUCUGAAAGGGAAUAACGUGAACGCUGCUGGUUAGUGAGUCUCUAGCACUGAUCAACAUGUUGGCAGAAGGCAUCCUAACUGGAAUCAUAUACAAAGAAAGAAAACAGGACAUAGAUAAACCCCACAAAUGGCACAUACACAGAAAAGAUGAACGGGAAACUUGGAAAGAUCACCUUAUAGAUACACCAGCAAUUAAAGAUUUUGCUUCAGAAUCUGAGAAGCAGAAUGAGAUCAUUGCAAAAGGUAGCAAAAUUGAAGAUAAUAAAGAGCUUCAAUGGAAAUCUAAAGAAGAGCUACCUGCAAAAGAAUAUAAUGCACAUGUUAAAGGAACAAUAUCUGCAGCUUUACAUAUACCAGGAAGAGAACAAAAUCAUGAAAACCAGGUGGAUUUGUAUAGAUCCUGGUCGUGCCACAGUAUUUAUCAAAACUAUCCUGACUUACAUAUUGGAGGAGACCAUGUAGGAGGCUAUAUGCGGGAUUCAGGUUGCAUUAUGGACCACAUAAGUGAUGAACUUGUUGAUGGCCCGGUUUUACUGUCAGGAGAUAUUCUAUUGGGUCAUUCCCCUCAAAAUGAGCCUCUUGAAAAAACAGCUACAAAGUCCUUGAAUGGUGAUGAAGGUGGAGAAAGGAGUAUGACACUCCAGAAGCAGCCUCUUUCAAAUUCUGUGCUGAAUAACUACAUGGAUACAAAGGUGGAAGAGCUCUAUAAACAGUUUUUUGAAGAGAACUUGACCAGGUGUGGUUCUGUAACAAACCUCCUGACUUCCAGUUUGAUCAUGAAUAAUCUAAAACAGAUAAACCUUCAGAUCUCCCAAGAACAGACUAUAGAAACAUGUAAAGCUAGAGAAGUGCUUUUACAUUCUCUGGCUUUGUUUAGUUUCCGCAAUGCUGCCAGUGGAAACAGCUCUGAAUUUAGUACUCCAAAUUUACAGUUCUCAAACUUGCCAAGCAAGAGCAAGAGCUCCCGGGUACAGUUUACAUCAUGACUGCACUGUUUGGUUACAGCAGUGUUUCUCAAACUUUUGUACUGGUGACCGCUUUCACACACAAGCCUCUGAGUGUGACCCUCCUUAUAAAUUAAAAACAGUUUUUUAUAUAUUUAACACCAUUAUAAAUGCUGGAGGCAAAGCACGGUUUGAAGUAGAGGCUCACAGCUCGCAACCCCCCCAUGUAAUAACCUCGGGACCCCCUGAGGGGUAGUGACCCUCAGUUUGAGAACCCCUGGGUUACAGCCUAUUCUUCAGCUGCGGUCUCUUCUCUUUCAGGAUUAGUUUGUGAUAUGUACCAAAAUUAGACACUACUGACUUUUUAAAAUAAAUUUUGACAUUUAAACCACACUUUGUCUGUGAUGCCACUUCAUUGCUUGUUACCAGACUAAGAUAAAGAUCAUCUGUCUUUGUGUGGUUGAAUGUAAUCCAAAUGAAAUUUUUUUUACAAAAUCCUAUUGAGCCAAAUUUUCAAAGUGGCCUAAGACCAGCUUCUAAGAGUCCAGCCCCGCCAACACCUAGUAUGUGAGUAAUUAUACACAGGACUAGUACUUAUGCAAUCAAAGUUAGUCACGUACAUUAAUGCUGGUAAGAUUUUGCCUUAAGAAAUUAAUCCAGAACCCAAUGAAGUUGAUGGUUAGACUCACAUUGAUUUCAGUGAUCUUUGGAUAAGGCCAUAAAUUUGAAACCAUAAUUUUGUGCAUUUAAAUUUAGCGGUUGCUAUUGCAGAUUUCACCCAUUAUGUCUGAGAAAAUGGCCUUCUGUUUUGAAAAUCCUGUUUAACAAUUUGGUUUAUUCUGCAUAGCAUCUUACAUAUAUCAAAUGUAUAUAAAAAUGUUUAUCAGAGAGGAAAAUCAAUGACACUCUGUAGAAGGAUGAUAUGUGCAUUUAUAUGAAGUUAAUACAUGUUUUGUAUUAUACAGGUAGAGUACAUUACAAUGGAAAACUACAGAUACAUCAGCUUCUAAAAAUUUAAAUAACAGGUCAAGUUUAUAAAAUGCUAAAAGUAUGUCAGUUACUGUAAAGGUGACAUUUCUGUUCAUUUAAAAUGUCAUUUACUUAAAUAAAAGUUUCCAUAUUUAUACAACAAAAUCCACUCAGAUUCCCAGAAUAUAUAAAAUGAUUACUUCUGCCUACCAUUUGCAUUUUAAAAAUAAGACUCCUUGUGUUUUUCUGAAAAAUACACCCUUAUGACCUCAGCAAGUUAAGAGUGUGUUGCAAUGUUACUGAAAGGCAAAGAUAUUGCAGUUUUUGUUCCUAUUACCCUAAAUCAGUAGUUCUCAAAUGUUGUACUGAUGACCCCUUUCA